AUGAAUGAUAAUAUGUCACUAGACGUUACGGCCGAAUGUGUGGAUGAGUGUACAAUUAUUCAAUAUGAAUUCCACUCCUUUUUGCCGUUUUCCACAUCGGCGUUAUGUAAUAAUGAUGAAAUUAGAAUUUCGAUUCAAAAUUCAGAAGGUUAUUCAAUUCCAAGUGAAAGUUUUUUAUAUAUUGAGGGGAAACUAGAACGACCUAAAGAUGUAAAGGGUGAUAUUAGAUUUAUUAAUAACGGAUUUAGUUAUUUAUUUUCUGAACUUAGUUACCAUAUAAACGGUGUUUUGGUGCAGAAACUAAGGAACCCUGGUGUUGCUACAACUUUGAAAGGUCUGUGUUCUUAUACUACAUCUGAAAUAAAUGCGCUUAACGCUAUCGGGUUUGAUGGCUCUACAUUUACCAAUACUAAUUUUAUGAGUAAUGACUAUUUCUCAGUGUGUAUACCGCUAAGACAUUUAUUUGGUUUUUGCGAAGAUUAUAAGCGUAUACUUAUGAAUUGCUCACAACAAUUAAUACUUAAUAGAGCAUCAAAUGAUAUGGAUGCGUUACAGAUAUUUGAAACUGUUAAUAUNCGUUACAGAUAUUUGAAACUGAUAAUACAAAGGCCAUAG